AUGUUGGGAUUCACACUCCUUGCACUGGCGGCUACGGCCCUGGCUGCACCUCAGUCCUUGUUCACUAGACAGAGCGCCAACCUUCCUAGCAAUCUAUCAUGGAAGUCGUCUGGCAUUCUUGUCACACCUAAGAAGGACAGUCGCAACGUUGCUGGUAUCAAGGAUCCGUCAAUCGUCUUCUACAACAAUGCCUACCACAUCUUUGCUAGCACGGCAAAGGGUGAGGGUUACAAUCUUGUGUACUUCAACUUCACGGACUUUGCUCAAGCGAACGCUGCCCCAUUCUUCUACCUGGACCAGUCUCCCAUCGGCACUGGAUAUCGCGCAGCGCCGGAAGUGUUCUACUUUGCGCCACAGAAGUUGUGGUACCUCAUUUACCAGAACGGCAAUGCAGCAUACUCCACCAACCCCGACAUCAGCAACCCUGCUGGAUGGACAGCACCUCAGACCUUUUAUGCCAGUACUCCAGCGCUGAUCGCCGAGGGUCUUCUGAACCCUCAACAAGGAUACUGGGUGGACAUGUGGGUCAUCUGCGACGACAAGAACUGCCAUCUCUUCUCACACGACGACAACGGCCGCCUGUACCGAAGCCAAACCUCUCUGGCACAGUUCCCCAAAGGCAUGAGCGACCCAGUUAUUGCUCUGCAAGAACCGAACAAAAACGAUCUCUUCGAAGCUUCAAAUGUGUACUCGAUCGGCAACGGCACAUACCUCCUUCUCGUCGAGUGCAUUGGCCAAGGUUCUUCUGGUGGAGGUGUUCGAUACUUCCGCUCAUGGACUUCAAACGACAUUGCUGGCAAAUGGACACCCUACCUAGACACCCAAGACCGUCCCUUUGCAGGUGCUGCAAAUGUGCAGUUCUCGGGCACCAAGUGGACAACGAGCAUCAGCCACGGCGAGAUGAUCAGGACAGACGUGGACCAGAAGCUCAGUAUCGGAGCACCAGGCGCAUGGAGAUAUUUGUACCAAGGUAUUGACCCAAGCUCUACCGCUGAUUACAACAGCCUGCCCUGGAACCUGGGUCUUAUCACACAAGCUUGAAGAAAGCUGAGAGUGUGAAGGGAGGAGCUUAUGUGUUACGAUGAACGUCUUUAGUUACUCACAGAAGAUGAAAAUUAAAUUCAUGACAGUUAUCAAA